AUGUCAACGCAGUGUGGUCUAGCCGAUCCUCAAGGGCUCAAGGAUGUUACUCUCGACAUUGCAGCCCCGGAUUCUUCCUCUAUCGACGUAAUUGCGAGGGUACCUCAUGAAGUGAAUACAAGGAUACACAUUGCCAAGGCUAACCAUAGGAUACUCUCGGUAUGGGAUGGGCAGACCCUGCUCUGGAAAUCUGCCAAUGGCUAUUCCUGUGACCAUGUUUCAGUUGUUAAGUUCAAAGAGAAGAGCGGUUGUUCAACAUCCUUUGUGACAAGACUAGUGGCUGUAUAUGCCCGCAACGGUAACGGAGUAAGGAAGCCAUUCUACUAUGAAAAGGAUGGGUCAUCAUGGAAGGCUGUUGAGGAAGAAAAGUUUUACAAGAGCUUUCAUCACGAAGCGCUAAAGACAUCCACAUUGAAGAGUCUGGUCUUGAAUAUAACUGGAGAGAAUAAAUCACCUGAAUUCUUGUCCAGUUCACCAGAUUUUCCAUUCCUUCUCUACGCUCCAAACGUGGGUUAUCGCAUUAAAAAGGUCCAGGCUGGAAGUGUUUUAUGGAUGGCAUGUUCGGACGAUCAAAGCUGUGCAUAUGCCUCAUUUUAUCCAAGGAAGGAACCCAAAGUUGGCCACUUGAUCAUAGAAACUAAGGAUGGUUCGCAGGAAAGGUUUUAUGCUCAAACAGGUACCUUUGGAGGAUGGACUGUUAGGACGAAGGAAGACUACCUGAAUAGGCUGAAGAAGGCAGGAUUUAAGGAAUCUGAGUUUAACAACCAUAUCAAGAUGGACAUUAGUAAUGUGGACAGCAACAAUUUUUACAUUAAAAAUGAUCCCUUGGAUGAUUGUAAUAGAGAUACAUAUAUACCAUCCAUUGGCUUUAAACUCAAGGAGGUUUUGGAUGGCGGAGUAUCACUCUGGAAAGCUCCAGAGUCAGGUGAUGCUAAAUGCAGAUUUGUAAGACUGUUUAUCAGGGGAAGUCCAUUGACCCUAUUGCUUCUUGUAGAAGACCCAAGGAAUGGUCGUCAUGUUGUAUACUUUGUAAAGAGUGGUGGUGAAUGGAAAAAGGUCGGUAAGGAUGAAUACUAUGAUCAUAUUGCAAAGGAGAAUGGUCUAGAGCCUUUGCGAAGGAUUGAGAAUCCAAAGGUUGUAAUGAGUAGUUUUACGAAUAGGCAAGGCCUCAGACUCACAAGUUACGCCUCCAAGGUUGAGAAUGCCAAAGCUGAUAUCAUUCUUGUCCAUGGAGCUCGUUCACAUCUUACGUCAGAUUUUUGUGCCUCAAAUUUUGAGUGGAACUUUAAACACAUGGGAUCAUUCAUUCCUGUAGAUAUUAGUGGAGUAUUUGCACGAGAAACGAAGCAAAGUACCAACCAUAGCGUAUUAUACAGAGAGAUUUUUGAGCAUGCCUAUCUGGACGGUAUGGAUGCCUUUGAGGUGGCUCCCAGAUAUGAGUAUAGGCAUAGCCUUGUGGAAUACCUUAACGGACUAGGCUAUAGUGUCUAUGGAUUUGAUCAUCAGUCUCACGGUCUCUCUGAAUCCAUCUCAGCACCAAGGUGUCAUGUUCGUAGCUACAAGGACUACAUUUAUGAUCUCCUACAAUUCAUUAGCAUUGUAAAGAGAAGUAAAUUUGGAGAUCCUACCCAAACCUAUGAUGAAACAAUAAUCUUUGAGAACAUUCCUACAGGUAAAAAGACAUUUUUUUGGGGAAAUUCAAUGGGUGCAAAUAUUGCUAUGCAAGCAGUUCAAGAAUUUCACAAGCAUGCAAAAGAGGAGGCAAGAUUUGUAGACUCCCUAAUUGUCACCUCUGGAAUGCUGAAUGUAACCUUUAAGCUGGACACUUGGUGGAGGCAGCUUAUGAAAAAGAUGGCUGUGGUGAUUGUAUGGUUGUAUCCAGAAGAUAUCAAUAGAUAUGAACCACCACGUGGCUUCGGCAAACUCUUUGAACUCUUCAUAAGAUACAAUGACCCCUUCUUUUACAACAACAAACUGACUUACAAGAGUACCAGUCUGAUGUUUGAUGCUUGUGAUGAUGUAAAGAAGCCUGAGAAUAUGGUCCAUUAUCCAAAGGAUUUACCAACACUCUUUAUUCACGCAAGAGAUGAUACUGUAUGCGAUGUAAAGGGUCCCAUGGAUAUGUGUAAUACAUAUCUAAAAAAUCAUGUAGAUGUAAAAUUUGUGGAGUUUAAAGGGUCAACACAUUUUUUGACUGUCCCAAAUUCCCUAGUGCUAACACAAAAGACCUUUAAGGAGUGGUUGAGCAAACAUACUCCUUCAGCUACUAAUUCUAAUGCAGUUUAA